AUGCAGCCUAUCGUUGUCUUGAUUUUCAUUAUAUCUUUUUUAUCUGUAAAAGGACAAACUACACAACUACCUAAUUAUUCUUGUAGUGAAAAUAAUGUUUCUAUUCAAUUUAUAUUAUCUUCAUCAUCUCAUUCAGCUUGGAAUUCAUCAUCAAAUUGUUCUUUACAACAAUGUAAUACAAGCUUGAAUGGUAACAAUAAUUGUCUUUCAUCAUCAACGCCUUGUUUUGAUUAUCGAACAAUAAAUAAUAUUGGUUAUUGUGCACCUGGUAUUUUAUGUUCAAUAUUAGAAAAAUGUGAUAAUAUUACACAAACAUGUUCAUCAAAUAAUUCGAUAUGUAUUAUUAAUUCAUGUUGUUCAUCACAAGCAGUAUGUUUACCAUUCUCAGCAACAUACAUGUGUAAAACAGGUAUUAAUAUAUAUUAUUUACAUUUAAGACUCCAUCAAAAUCGAUUAGAACAAUUCAUUUUAGUCAUAGCUACAGCUAAAGCAUCAUUCAUUCAUAUAACAACUUCUGUCGGUUGA